AGUACACCUUCUUUUCAUGGUCCUUCGAGCCCGUAUUUGAACCAGCGACCUACGGCUAUGGCUACGAAUGAAAUGGAGACCGAGAACAUUAACCCGACAACCCCUCUCGAUGAUACCCAUGCAGUUACCAUUGGCGAUGUUACUAUUCCAGUUGCAACUCCAGCUACCAGUACACAUCCAGUCCCAGUUACUGUCACCAUCGUCGAGACCUCACCUUCCUCUACCGGGGUUUGCAGCACAGCUACAGCUGCAGCAGUUGGACUACAGACAAGUGCUGUUACCGUCCAAUCCCGUUCUCGGUCCUCUCGUGACAGACGUAUGCCGGCCCACUUUCAGGACUUUGUUAUUGACCACCAUCCUUCAACUUCCGGCAGAACAGAUGAACAUAGCGUUGUAACCACACAAACAUCUCGUUCACAGAGGAGUUCUCACUCAUCGAACUCACUCUACAGCGGACAGUCCCGUCACAGUAAAUCUUCCUUCAAGUCAAUACUGAGUGACUCCCAAUCAGCGAAACUCAAACAGCAACGCAAACAGGCUAAACUGGAAGAGAUGAAAUGCCAGAUUGAGGAAGAUCAAUCAGCAGAUGAAGAGUUACAAAGGCUAGACGAUGAGGCCUAUGCCACACGGAUACACGCAGACGAGGAAGCCCUCGCGGCUCGUAGACGUGCCAAAGAAAUUGAGCGAAAUGCUUUUCGUCAGUGCGAGUCUCUGAACACACGACUAUCAAGACAAAGAAGAUUGCGAGAAGUGGAACAACAGCUAAAUGAAGCACGACUGAUCACAGCCAUGGUCAACAGUGAUCCAGAACCAGAGAUAGAGAAAUAG